UCGGCGGGCGAGCCGCAAGGUGGGCAGCGGGAGCACCGGCUCCGGGGAGGUUAUAAAAGGCAGGAGCGGGGUCGCUGAGCGGAGGGGAAGCAAAAGGGACCCGCGGGGACCCUCCACGCUCCUGCGCCCGAAGGAUUUUCCCCCCGACGGCAGAAGGAGCCCAGCGGGAGCGGGGCCGGUGCCAGCCAUGCCCCGGGGAGCUGGGCACAGGGGCAGCUAAGGAUGGUGCCCAGCCCACGUCCUACCCUCCUCCUCCUCCUCCUCCUGCUGCAGGUGUUUCUCCUCGGGGACAGCCGGGCUGCAGCCUCCAUCCAGGAGCAGUACUGCGAGAGCCUGGCACCUGCCACCAACCACUCUGGCCCCCAGUGCAAUGCCUCCGUGGAUCUGAUCGGGACGUGCUGGCCCCGCAGCGCCGUGGGACAGCUGGUGGCCCGACCCUGCCCCGAGUUCUUCUACGGUGUGCGGUACAACACCACCAACAAUGGCUACAGGGAGUGCCUCGCCAACGGGAGCUGGGCAGCCCGGGUCAACUACUCCCAGUGCCAGGAGAUCCUCAGUGAAGAGAAGAAGAGCAAGCUGCACUACCACAUCGCUGUCAUCAUCAACUACCUGGGGCACUGCGUCUCGCUGGGGGCCCUCCUGGUGGCCUUUGUGCUCUUCAUGCGCCUGAGGAGCAUCCGGUGCCUGAGGAACAUCAUCCACUGGAACCUGAUCACGGCCUUCAUCCUGCGCAACGCCACCUGGUUCGUGGUGCAGCUCACCAUGAACCCCGAGGUGCACGAGAGCAACGUGGUCUGGUGCCGCCUGGUCACUGCUGCCUACAACUACUUCCACGUCACCAACUUCUUCUGGAUGUUUGGGGAGGGCUGUUACCUGCACACGGCCAUCGUCCUCACCUACUCCACGGACAAGCUCCGCAAGUGGAUGUUCAUCUGCAUCGGCUGGUGUAUCCCCUUCCCCAUCAUCGUGGCCUGGGCCAUUGGGAAGCUCUACUAUGACAAUGAGAAGUGCUGGUUUGGGAAGCGAGCAGGAGUUUACACUGACUACAUUUACCAAGGCCCCAUGAUCCUGGUGCUUCUGAUCAACUUCAUCUUUCUGUUCAACAUCGUCCGAAUCCUCAUGACGAAGCUCCGAGCUUCGACCACGUCAGAGACGAUCCAGUACAGGAAAGCAGUCAAGGCCACGCUGGUGCUGCUGCCCUUGCUGGGGAUCACCUACAUGCUGUUCUUCGUCAACCCCGGGGAGGAUGAGAUCUCCAGGAUAGUCUUCAUCUACUUCAACUCCUUCCUGGAGUCCUUCCAGGGCUUCUUUGUGUCUGUCUUCUACUGCUUCCUGAACAGCGAGGUGCGCUCGGCCGUUCGGAAGCGCUGGCACCGCUGGCAGGACAAACACUCCAUCCGCGCCCGCGUGGCCCGGGCCAUGUCCAUCCCCACCUCCCCCACCCGCGUCAGCUUCCACAGCAUCAAGCAAUCCACGGCUGUGUGAGCCAGGAGACGCCCUGGACGGGAUGGGGGAGAGGAAUUCCCCGCCGUGAGGGUGGCACAGCACGGGGGGCAGGGCUCUCCUAGCCACGGACUCGCUGCGGCCACCACGGGGGAGCUGCACAGCUCCUGCCUGGACCUGCGGGACAGGACACCUGAGAGGCUGCUCACUCACCUCCCUGGCAGUGCUGUGAGCUGCUGGGGUGGAAGAAGGAGCCAGAGGAAGCUGGAGAGGUCGCAGAGGCCUCCCCUGCCCGCUCCAGCCCGGGCACGAUGCCCCUCGUCGCUGCCUCGCUUGAGUUCGUCGCUGCUUUGAGGUGACAGGACACCAGGACGUUGCUGGGACAGCUGAGGGGCUUAAUCCCUGGGAAGGUGGGGCAGCCCUUCCAGUGAGCACGUGCUGGGAUGCUGCUGGUGUUGGAAAACCCUCUGGAGGGGCCAAAGCCCUCUGUGUUGGCAGGGGGUGGAUGGAGAGCCCUGGACUGAUGGCAGACGUUGCUUUACGUGGCUGUGGUUUUGUACCACUGGGAUCACUUGAGCCCUGAGGGGGCUCUCAGUUGAGCCCUGGGGUCAUCUCUGCCACUGGGGUUAUUGGAGCCCUUCCCCUGCCCCAGAUGUCCUGGAACUGCUGCUUGGUCUGACCAGGUCAUUUCUCACCUUGACCCCAAGGCUGGGGUGGAGGGGGGAGCAGUGGGGUGGGAGAGGGCAGGGGACCACACAGAGCACAGGGAUGGUCCCAGGGACCCACAGAGGGGUGGGGGCUGAAGGGAGGCACAAGAAUUAGGUAAUUGUGUGGGGUGGUCCAGCCCAGAGGGGUCCCCAGGUCUCUGCACAGCCCCUGCACCUGGGGCUGACUCCGUGUCCCUGCUCAGGGGGUGGAAAGCUGGAGGAGCCCUGUGGUGGAGGGGUGGCUGAUGUCCCCAGCUACCACAGGGACAUGCUGUGGCUCUGCUCCCCUUUCCCCCUGCCCUGCUUUUCCCUGUGCAGGUGAGCCCAGUGCCAAAGCUGCUCCUCGCUCUCGCACAGGGGGUGGGACCAAACCAUCCCCAGGCUGGGGUUAAGUGCCUUGGAGGAGCAGCAGCCUCCAUCCCUCCCUCCAUCCCUCCCUCCAUCCCUCCCUGCCCAUGCUGGGGACUCCAGAUUGUCCCUGAUCCUCCCCCCUUCCCCAUGCCCUGUUCCACGUGGUCACUGGAAGCAGCUGAGCAGAGAGUGGAGUGGAAGUGGAGGUGUUUGCAUCCUUGGAGCCACCUUUUCCUUGCCCCACAGGAGGUCUGGGGGUGCCUGGUUGGGGGACAGAUGCCAGCAGGGCAUUAUGGGACCAGUCUGCUCUCUGCCUCCCAGGGAUUUUUUUUUUUCCAGUGGGGCCCUACAGGAUGUGGUGUGAGCCCCUUCACACUUCUGUGCCUCAGUUUCCCCACAAUAAAGAACAGGCAUAAGUGUGUCCUGCCCUGGGGAGAUUUAAGCAGCUUUGAAACCACAGUGCUCUGUGAUUUCCUCAGGAUACACCACCAGAAAGGAGUAAAAUCUUUUUUUUUUUAUUUUAUUUUAUUCUUUAAAGGGAAAAACCUGUGGGUUCUUUCUUUAAGCAUUUGAGAAAUUCAGUUGUCUGAAGCCAAAUUCCUCACGUUUCCCUCCCACUUUGAUUUCCCACCUGCAUGUCCACAGUGCAGCUAAAACAGAAACAUCCCAUUUGCCCCCAGUGAUGCACUGGGAGAAGCAACAGCUCCCAGGAUGACACAGUGACCACAGUGAGGGCCACACCCUGCAGAUGGGGCAGGUUUUAGGCUUUGUACAAGUUCAUCCAUCACCAACAGCCCCAGAAAAUGCCCUUAAUCCAAUAUAUGGGUGAGAAAAAGACCCCCAGGGUUAUGCAGUGGGAAAACUGGCACCUCCCAGUUCUGCAGCUGCUCCUGUGAGGAGCAGACUUGUGUCUUCUCUUGUGUCUUGGUUUCUCUGCCAGGUGCUCUGGCAGAUUAAUAAAGAUCUGCUGGAUCUGACGAAGGGGAAACGCCCCAGGGAGCUUUUUUUCAUCAUCCCCACAAGUGACGUCACCAAAAAAACCCCACCACGAUGUGCUACACGUUCAAUUCGGAUUUUCCUAAAGGCCAGGGUCUACAUUUGGUGGGAAAGAAGCUGGAAAUUGAAAAAAAACCAAAGAAAGAAACCCAAACAGAAACACCUGUGCUCGCAUCACCGUUUUUCCCUUCUCCUCUUGGUGGUUUGCUCUGGCUGAUGUGACUUUGCUUUCUGUAGAUGGAGAAGUGUGUGUGUGUGUGUUUUCUCAGUUGAUUAAAACUACUUGGAUUCCUCUCACAAGGA